AGGCUCACUUCCGCCCGCGGGGGAGCGGCGGCGGUGGCGGCGCAGGAGACCGGUCCGGGGCGCCGAGGGAUUGACGGACGCACGGGCGGGCGGCCGGGAGCCAUGGAGCGCGGCCCCGGGGCCGGGGGGCGCGGGCCGCGGCGGCUUUCCCUCUGUGCCACACGGACACGCGAGGCUGCGAGGCUCCUGAGGGCUCAGCUUGGACCGCGAUGGGGCUGGGCCACGGCCUCCUAACGGGGCUUUUGUCUGGGGCGGUGGCCGGGGGUCGCCCUGUCCCCUGCCCACGUCUCCGAGCACCCCCAGCCCUCCCCUGCCGGGUGAGGCCCGCCCCGGCACCUGGCCCCCGCCAUGAACGGCCUGUCAGUGACCGAGCUUUGCUGCCUCUUCUGUUGCCCGCCCUGCCCCGGCCGCAUUGCCGCUAAGCUCGCCUUCCUGCCUCCGGAGCCCACCUACUCGCUGGUACCUGAGCCUGAACCCGGGCCUGGUGGGGCCGGGGCUGCCCCCUCAGGGAAUCUGCGGGCCUUGGCUGGCACCCCUGGGCGCUGGAAGCUCCACCUGAUGGAGCGUGCCGACUUCCAGUACAGCCAGCGCGAGCUGGACACCAUCGAGGUCUUCCUGACCAAGAGCAGCCGGGGCAACCGCAUCUCCUGCAUGUACGUGCGCUGUGUACCUAGUGCCAGGUACACAGUUCUCUUCUCGCACGGCAACGCAGUGGACCUGGGCCAGAUGAGCAGCUUCUACAUCGGCCUGGGCACACGCAUCAACUGCAACAUCUUCUCCUAUGACUACUCUGGUUACGGCGUGAGCUCGGGCAAACCCUCCGAGAAGAACCUCUACGCUGACAUUGAUGCUGCCUGGCAGGCCCUGCGCACCAGGUACGGCAUCAGCCCGGACAGCAUCGUCCUGUACGGGCAGAGCAUCGGCACGGUGCCCACCGUGGACCUGGCCUCGCGCUACGAGUGCGCCGCGGUGGUGCUGCACUCGCCGCUCACCUCGGGCAUGCGCGUCGCCUUCCCCGACACCAAGAAGACCUACUGCUUUGACGCGUUCCCCAACAUCGAGAAGGUGUCCAAGAUCACGUCGCCGGUGCUCAUCAUCCACGGCACGGAGGACGAGGUGAUCGACUUCUCUCACGGGCUGGCGCUGUACGAGCGCUGCCCGAAGGCCGUGGAGCCUCUGUGGGUGGAGGGCGCCGGGCACAACGACAUCGAGCUCUACAGCCAGUAUCUGGAGCGCCUCCGCCGCUUCAUCUCCCAGGAGCUGCCCAGCCAGCGCGCCUAGCCUAGUGGCCGGCCGAGCCGCGCCGGGACCUCAGCAAUAAGGCGGCGCCCGGACCCUGCCCCGGCCCCGGGGGCUGCAUGUGAACCCCCGGGCGCCCCACGCCCUAGAGGCAGCCGGCCGGCGGGGGUCGGGACCUGCCCUGGCCCCUGGGCCGUGGACAAUGUACAGGUGACGGAGCUAUGCGCUCCUUUCCUUUUGGAAGCGAAACGAAGGAAAAACGUGAAAACAGAAAUUAAAGAUUUAAAAUUUUAA